AGUAGUUUGCUUAUUGCGGUGGAAAAAAGACAUGGAAUACAAACCGAAAAAGCAAUUUUUGAAGUUAAGAUUUGACACAUUACAGUAUGUGUAUAAAAAUAUCAAUUUUAAAGAUGAAAGCGAAAUGGAAGAUGCCAUUAAAUUAGUUAGACAGUGGUUGGAAGAGCAGCCACAUUUCAGAAGAAAAGACUUUACUCACAAUUUAUUGCGAGCCAACAUUAUUAUAUCGAAGGGAUCGAUAGAAGUUACUAAGCAGAGACUUGACAAGAUGUGUACUUUACGGACUCUUAUGCCUGAUCACUUUAAGUGUUUUGAUGCGAAGAAGGAUUUUGAAGAUGUAUUUAAAGUUAUAAGGCCGAUCGUCCUUCCACAGCUUUCGAAGGACCACUACCGAGUUUUUACAGUAAAAGUCUACGAUAGUUUGCAGGCGGCAGAGAUAACGCAAGCCAUGAAAUAUACUAUGUUGAUUGGUGAAUACAUGAAGCAAUGUGACUGUGUAGGAGAAUACAUUGGAAUUUUCGACUUAACUGAAGUUAAAAGCAUAGUGGAAUUGAUAAAAAAUUUGAACCUCAUGGAUUUACGAAAAACAUUAACAGUUUUGUUUGAAGGUCACGGGAUGCGUCUCAAAGGAAUAUAUUUUGUAACAACAUCUAAAGUAAUCGACACAUUGAUCGGUAUAUUGAAACAAGUACUGAAGCCAAAGAUAAUAAAACGAAUAAAGGUAUUUAAAACGUGGGAAGAAAUCUAUGAUUUAAUUGGAAGGGAAAUAAUUCCAGCUGAUUUUGGUGGCUAUGAAAAAACGGAAAAAGAGAUACAUGACGAUUGGAUCGAGGCUUUAAGCGACGAGGGUUUCAAGAAAUACUUUCAGGAUAUAAGCUCUGCGAGCACUGUUGAGAGCUGCAGGCCAAAUCUCAUGUUUAGUGAGGAGUACGCUGGUUUGCCCGGCACAUUUCGGCUGCUGAGUGUUGUUUCGACUGCAUCGAGUACGAAUGUAUUUCGUCUAUUUAUAUUUACUUGUGAAAUAAUGGAUUUUAAACCGAAGAAAUCAAUAUUACACUUAUCAAAUGAAUGCAGUGAACUUGGGAUACAAAAUAUUAAUUUAGGAAAAGGUGGUAUGGAAAAAAUUCUAGAAAUCAUAAGAGAAUGGAUUGAAAAACAGCCACACUUCAGAAGCAAAAACUUCAGCACAAACUAUCUUAAAAUGAGCAUUCUCGGGGCGAAAGGAUCAAUAGAGCGAGUCAAAACUUUAUUAGACAAAUCUUGCACUUUGAGAACUUUGCUACCACAUUAUUUUCAAUUUUCGGAUAGGAAAAGUGAUUUAAAAGAACUGUUUGAGAUCGUGACUCCUGUUAUUUUACCCAACUAUUCAAAAGACAACGCAAGAAUAUUCAUAAUGAAAUUCUGGAGUGAUAUUAAGAAAUCAUCACAAAUAACUGAACUGCACAAAAAUUCAAUCCGAAUGAUUGAAUAUAUUAUGCAAGUAGACAAUGUAUCUGCUAUGCAUAUGUGUGUAGAUCUUUUGAAUAUAAAUGUAUUCGAUCUAGUAUCCAAACAAAAUCCAUUUGAACUGAAGGAUGUUGCUACAAUAACUAUGGGAGCAUAUGGAACGAGAGUAAAAGGUGUACAUUGUAUAACAACAUCAAAGUAUGUUGACGCUUUUGUAGCUCUUUUAAAGCAAGUGCUCUCGCCGAAGUUAAUAAGCCGGAUACACGUGUAUAGAACUUGGAGUGAACUGUACGAUGUCCUUGGUAAAGAUGUUAUUCCAAUUGAGUUUGGUGGAAAUGAGAAAUCUAUUAGAGAAAUUCACGAUGACUGGCAAAAUGAACUGUAUUCUGAUGAAUUCAAGAAGCAUCUAGAAGAAAGAAGUAAAAUGUGCACUGAUGAAUCUCUACGGCCAAAGGAUAGGUUUAGUUACGAAUACGCCGGAAUGCCGGGUUCAUUUAGAGCUUUAAGUGUUGAUUAAAUGUUAAUAAUUAUAAUAAAAGUUAAGUUAAUUAGUUGAA